AUGGUGCCGAGCUGCCUGCAGCAGGACCAACGGCAGAGCGAGAGGCUGCCCCUGGCGGCGGCAGCCGGAGCAGAGGCGAGGCAGGUCACCCUGGAGGAGAUGCUGUACCCGCCGCCGAGCUGGGAGACGGAGGCUGCUGCGACGCCGUCGCGGCGCAGCUCCCCGAAGGUGUGCCCGGUGAACCUGGCCGACCUGUUCUCCGACGAGGAGGAAGGAGCACACUCCGGGAGCGGCGGCGGUUACUCCCCGCCGGACGUCGUCAACGAGAGCGUGUCCAUGUCCAUCGUCAGUCGGGCGUCGCUCCGGAGCCUGCACAGCGUGUCCCGGAGGGUGAGCUUCAGGUCCCCCGACGAGUCCGACGUGUUCAUCAUCCCGGCGAGAAGCCACUCGGACGACGACGACGAUGAGUGGAGUAGUGACGGUGAGCCAAGCAGGACGUGA